UCAUCGCCGUUCUACAUGCAGUUCCUUCCCCUUACAAUUAACUUCACGCGAGACUUCCCGUGAUCUAUCUCUUCGGCCAUAUUUCCUCACCAUGGGUAUCUCUCGGGAUAAAUGGCAUAAACGGCUCAAGUCUGGUGGGCGUCGACCCCAACCUAGAAAGAAGCGAAAGCAUGAAAUGGGCCGACCUCCAGCACAGACUAAGUUGGGACCGAAAAGAAUCCAUUUAGUACGUACAAGGGGAGGGAACACUAAACAGCGAGCUUUGAGACUGGAGAAUAGCAACGUUAACUGGUCAACACAAGGUAUAACCCGUAAGACACGUAUAUUGGAUGUGGUGUAUAAUGCUAGUAGUAACGAACUCGUCAGAACUAAAACAUUGGUGAAAAGUGCCAUCAUUCAAGUUGAUGCUAAUCCCUUCAGACAGUGGUUUGAAAAUCAUUUUGGUCUCCCAGUUAUACCAAGAAAGAAAUCUACAAAAAAGGCAGGCAAGAAAACGGAUGAAGAGAAAGCUAAAAGAGCAGCAAGAGAAAGUGUCAAGGUGAAGAAGUUAUCUAAGGAAGUUCUCUUCAAACGACGACAGAACAGAAAAAAAUUGUUUAAAGUUGAACCUUCACUUCAAGAACAGUUCCGUAAUGGUCGACUUCUAGUAAAAAUCGCAUCUCGACCUGGUAAUUGUGGACGAUGUGAUGGAUUUGUCUUAGAAGGAAAAGAACUCGAGUUCUACAUGAAGAAAGUUAAAUCUAAGAAAAGGAGUUAAACUCCGAACUGUCAUCGUGCAGUUAAAAUAAAGAAAAAAACUGAAUAAAUCUGUUACAUUGUUA